AUGGCGCCAAAGGGUGGUCGUGGUGGAGGCGGCGGCGGCGGAGGUGGAAGCUCGUCUGGUAUUUCUUGCUCCAGCUACGCGUUUGCGAGCGACUAUUCGAGGAUCCUGAUCGCGUUUGUGGCCUUUUGGCUGCUCGUCGGCUUCACUCUCGCAUUCUUGGUUGGCCCGCGGCGGAAGCGGUUGUUGGCGAUGGGUUAUCCGAAGGAGAGCCUGCAGUGGAACAUACUGUCUCUCUCGCUUGGCCUCAUGAUCUUAAACCUCAUUCUCAAUAUCGUCGCGAGCGUCCUAUCUGAGUGUGGAUCGGGGUCGAGCGCCACGCCCCGUCUCAACAUUGCUUCUACCUGGCUCGUAUACUCUAGCACGCUGUUUCUCUAUGGCGUGAUCAUGGUUCCCCUCUGCAGGCAACUGCAUCGAGCGGCGGGAACCAUCAUGGCCAGAAUCGCGACCGUAGGCCACUCCGUGCUCAUGGUUCUGCUCGGCAUAUUUUUGCUUGCGUUCCUCGGGGUAGCUACCGCCCUCUCCGAAUGGCAGAUCUCCGGCGACUACUUCUCAUCUAUCAACCCCUUUGCCCUGCUCGAAGCGCAGCGCGGGUUGAUCAUCACGUUCGAAGUCUUUGCACUGAUAGCGAUGCUCAUCGCGACGGUAAAUAUCUGCAUCGCCUUCGCCCGUGCAAAAGCACUUCGAAGUGGAAGCAUGCUCGUUUGGAUUCCAUUUCUUAUCGCUGGAAGUGUGGGCCUCACUACCUUUGACCUAGCAGCUUCCGCCGACGCCUUAUUUAACCUGUCAGAAUUUACAUUGUCUGCCGCUCGUAACUUGGCCGUUACAUUCCUCGGCUACUUCUUUUACUUCUUGACCUUCACCAGCGUUCUUUAUGUCGUGUCGAAUUCCGCUCUGGCCUCGGCACACCGGGACUCGGCCGCCGGGGCUCCCGUCACUGAUCCCGCUGCGUUGCACCAGCCUGGUGCAGUCCCUGUACCGGUCGGCAUCCCAGUAGCGAAUGGCGAGACAAAGGAUUACUAUGCGACCUCGCCCGAUCAACAAAAUGCCCAGUUGUAUCAACAACCGCAGUAUCAGCAGCCACAGCAACAGCAGGUGCCAAUGUAUCAGCAGCCUCAGCCAGGGCAGCAAUAUGCGACACCAGCACCACCGCAGCCGUACUAUUCUUAA